AAAAUAAAAUAAGCCACACACUUCUGCUGGUCUGUAUGUCAACUAGUUAGCUUCCUAGAACCUUCCGCACACUAGCGUUCAAUUAUUUCGAAUAUUUCCCUGAAUUCUGAGACAUUGUCAGUUCUGCAUGUAAGUGAAUUUAGUGUUUAGUGAAUUUGUUCACACACUUUGUUAUUAGCUUUUAGCUUUUAGCUGGCUAACUAGCUAGCAAGAAUAAAGAAAGGUGUAAAUGGGGAACAGUGCUCUCAAAGCUCAUCUGGAGACCUCACAAAAAACUGGAGUGUUUCAGUUAACGGGAAAAAACCUGCAGGAGUUUCCUGAGGACUUACAGAAGCUCACUGGGAAUCUGCGCACUGUCGACUUGUCCAACAACAGAAUCGACUCACUGCCCGUGUUUAUAGGAAACUUCCAGCAGCUAAAGAGUCUGACCAUCAGCAACAACCACCUGACCUGUCUCCCUGAUGAGAUGGGGAAACUGAGGAAGUUGGAGACAUUGGUGUUGAACGGUAAUCACCUGUCUCAGCUCCCCGCCUCGUUCUCUCAGCUCAAAGCUCUGCGCACACUCAGUCUCUCAGCCAAUCAGUUCAGAGAAUUUCCCAGCAGCCUCGGAUCCCUGCGUCAGCUUGACGUCCUCGACCUGUCCAGAAACCGCAUCCAGGCCGUUCCUGCUGAGGUGUCUGAGCUGCAGGCCAUCGAGAUCAACCUCAACCAGAAUCAGAUCUCCGCUCUGUCUCCGGAGGUUUCUCGCUGUCCGAGACUGAAGGUGCUCAGGUUGGAGGAGAACUGUCUGGAACUUUCCUCCAUCCCCUCCUCCAUCCUCACACACUCCAACGUGGCUCUGCUCUCCGUCGAGGGAAACCUGUUCGAGGUGAAGAAUCUGCGUGACCUCGACGGAUAUGACAAGUACAUGGAGCGUUUCACAGCAACGAAGAAAAAAUUUGCAUGAAGGACAAAACCCCAAAACAAAACGGGUAACUAAAGAACACAAGAGAAAGGAGGAGAAAUGUCCUUGUUAAAACUCCAGAGCUACGUUCCUGCUGCAUGGGAAACGUCCUGUGAGGAGGGUUUCAUCACACCAAAGUAUUUAAUCACUCCGUUAGGAAUAAAACACACGGUGUAAAGAGUGUGGGUUAAAAUCAGCUAAUACACUAACACACUAAUACACUACAUCACACACACACGUGCACGAGGCUUUACAAACCUACAUAAUGCUCAUUCAUUUAUAAUUUACAGAAUUCUGAAUAUUAUUUUUUUAAUGUGUGUGUAGAUUAAUAUUAGUCACUUCACCGAUCCUCAGAUUCGUAUUUGUUUGAUUUCCGUAUUCUCUCUUUCUGUCUCUGUGUCUGUUUUUUUUGCACGUCAUGAAGAGGAAUGUCCUGUAGUCUUGUGAGAGCAUGAACAUGACGUGAAAAUGACAGCAACGUGCUCACGUGUGACAGAUAUUAUAUAAAUAUAAUAAAUACAGGUGUAAUGAUA